AUGAAGGUGGCAAGUCUCUUGGGGCUUGCAGCAUUGCCUGGAGCAACACUCGCCAGUACAGACCCCUUCCAGACCCGUUGCAACUCCUUUCGGAGUGAAAUCGACAUUGCCAAUGUCACGGUCAGAUCCGUCGCGUAUGUUGCUGCCGGACAGAAUGUCUCCCAGGCGAAGGUCGCCUCGGUUUGUAAAGCGUCCGUCCAAGCAAGUGUCGACUUCUGCCGGGUGACCAUGAACAUCUCGACGUCGGACCGAAGCCACCUCUGGGCCGAGGCCUGGUUCCCAAGGAACUAUACCGGUCGCUUUGUGAGCACUGGGAAUGGUGGCCUGGCUGGAUGUGUCCAGGAAAGGGAUCUCAACUUUGCGGCCGAGUUUGGCUUCGCUACGGUGGGAACCAACGCCGGACACGACGGAGACACGGCUCGAUAUUUCCUGAACAACUCGGAGGUCCUUGCAGACUUCGCGUAUCGUUCGGUGCAUGUGGGAACCGUGGUCGCCAAGCAGCUGACCAAGUUGUUCUAUGAGGAGGGAUACAAUUACUCGUACUAUCUUGGCUGCUCGACCGGAGGUCGCCAGGGCUACCAGCAGGUUCAGCGGUUCCCCGAUGACUACGACGGGGUGAUCGCAGGCUCCGCGGCCAUGAACUUUAUUAAUCUCAUCUCCUGGGGUGCCUUUCUCUGGAAGGCGGUGGGGUUGGCUGAUGAUCCCGAGUUCAUCUCCUCGGACCUCUGGUCGGUGAUUCACGAUGAGAUCGUGCGUCAAUGCGAUCCGGUGGAUGGGGCAAUCGAUGGCAUCAUCGAGGACCCGGAUUUCUGCGCCCCGGUUCUCGAGACGUUGAUCUGCAAUGGGACCACCAAAGACACUUCCUGUCUCACGGGGGCUCAGGCAGCGAGGGCCACCCGCGCUCUGAGUGACUUCUACGGACCCGAUGGGACGGUGUACUAUCCUCGUCUGAACUACGGGGCGGAGGCCGAUGCGGCCGCCAUCUACUUCACCGGAGAGAUGUACAGCCGCACGGAAGAAUGGUACCGCUACGUGGUCUACAAUGACACCACCUGGAAUUCCAGCCAAUGGACGCUGGACAGUGCCAAGCUGGCCUUGGAGCAGAAUCCCUUCAACAUCGAGGCGUUCGACCCCAACAUCACCGCCUUCCGGGACCGGGGGGGCAAGCUCCUCUCCUACCACGGGACGGCGGAUCCGAUUAUCAGCUCGACAGACAGCAAGCUCUACUACCGGCGGGUCGCGAAUGCCCUGAAUGCCAAACCUUCGGAGCUGGAUGACUUUUAUCGGUUUUUCCAGAUCUCCGGCAUGGGCCACUGCGGCAAUGGCAUCGGCGCUUCCUAUAUCGGGCAGGGGUCGGGGACAUAUACGUCCAAGGCGCCGCAGAUCAAUCUGCUUCGCACGAUGGUCGACUGGGUGGAAAACGGCAAGGCUCCCGAGUACAUGCCGGGCAACAAGCUGAGCGCGAAUGGAUCGAUUGAGUAUAUGCGCCGGCACUGUCGCUAUCCCCGACAUAACAUCCACACGGGGCCUGGCAAUUACACCGACCCCAAUUCCUGGACUUGUGUGUGAGCAUCAUUCUCAAGAGCAAGGUCACAUAGUUCAUAGCAAGUAUGUUGUUAAUAUGAACGAUCCC